AUGCUGGCGACUUUCGAGGACGGGGCAGAGGUCGCGGGCGUGGCUGGGUUCGCGAUGACAGCAGGGACCGUGGCCGAGAUCGCGAUAUCGAUUUUAGGGACCGACGCGAUGGACCGUAUAGAGAUGAGAGAAGUCGCGAACGUGAGCGAGACUGGGAUCGCCGAGAGAGAGAGAGUUAUCGGGGACGCCCACGAUCGCCAGGGAGAGGACGUUCACCACCUCCGCGGGAUUUCCGCGACCGAGACCCCCCUUUAG